CGAGUCUUGUGUUUGGAACCAAAUCCGCCUCAGAUUGCCCGCACUCGAUUGGCGCAGGAUGGAUAACCAAAAACAGCGUGGGAAUCGAGAGUGAAUUACGUUUGGAGAUCUCUGGAUUCUUGGGGCUGUCCGCCCAAAGAUGGCGCCUUUUGCCCCAGUCUUCAAAAAGGCCUACUUAAUUGCGCUCGGUCUGACUUCUUUAUACAUCCUGGCAUUAAUAGCUUUGACCAAUCCAUGGCUUCAACGGCAUGUGAUUUACGUCCACAAAGUCCAUACAACCUGGUGGCAUGACAUCAACAAGCCGGAGCAGUUCGGAUUUGCAAAGAAUCAGAUUACCCCAUUCAACUUCAGUACUCCCGAUGGGGAGACAAUUUAUGCUUGGCACGUGAUGCCUCUCGGGCUCUAUGCUAAAUAUGAGUCUGAGAUCUUACAACAGCCGUCGGGAUGCGCUGAGGAUAUCACAAAGACCAAAGCCUUUAGGCUUUUGAGAGACAACCCCGAUUCUCGAUUGAUCAUCAAUUUUCAUGGAAACGCCGGAACAGUCGCACAAGCCUGGCGCACUGACUCAUAUCGUGCACUCUCGGAUGGUAGCACUUCAAGCAUUCACAUCCUAGCCAUCGACUAUCGAGGCUUCGGCUAUUCUACUGGAUUUCCGACUGAAGAUGGCGUAAUCACAGAUGGGGUCGCCGCGGUUGACUGGGCAUUGCAAGUUGCCAAAGUUCCCUCGGACCGUAUCGUUAUCCUUGGCCAAAGUCUUGGGACCGGGGUGACAGCUGGUGUUGUUGAGCGCUUUGCAAAGAGAGGCAUCGAUUUCGCUGGAGUUGUCCUCGUGGCUGGUUUUACCUCCAUGCCGAACCUACUUACUGACUACUCCAUCGCUGGUUACCUCCCGCUUCUGUCACCUUUCAAGUCACAUCCUGCGCUACGAAAAUACCUCAUGAGUUACGUUGUAGAUACUUGGGAGUCCGCGGCACGUUUAGCCAACACCGUUCGGCUGAGCAAAAAGAUCAGGCUCUUCAUCAUCCACUCCAAGGAUGACCACGAAAUUCCAUGGACACAAUCCGAGGGGCUGUUCGCUGCGGCAGCAAAUGCUACUACUAGCAGCGGAAUGAAUAUAGCUCUGUUUGAAAAGAUGAAAGCCAGAUCGACGAUCGAUAUGGGUGAUGGAGCUUUCAUCAGCACCUGGAAGGCGAGUGAGACUAAGAUUAUUCGGGAAGAGAUUGUAGCUUAUGGACAUCAUAGCAGAAUUUUGACCUAUGCCCCAGUUGCUCUGGCAGCUUUGAAAGCGUUCGGCUUGGACGAGGGAGGUGUUUUACCGCUGUGAGGAAUUUGCGAGGUUGCUUCAAC